ACACCCCUCCGGAUCACCAUGGCCCACCCCGAGCACGACCACGCCCACGACCACGACCACGACCACGACCACGAGCACGACCACCACCACGAGGAGGUCGACUCGGACGAUGAGAUCCCGGCCCUCGAGGAGGCCCCGGACGCCGCCGACGCCGAGAAGGGCAAGCACAACCGCUCGGAGAAGAAGUCGCGCAAGGCCAUGCAGAAGCUCGGCAUGAAGCCCGUGGGCGGCAUCAUCCGCGUGACGAUCAAGAAGAACAAGAACGUUCUGUUCGUCAUCUCCAAGCCGGACGUGUUCAAGAGCACUGUCAGCGAGACCUACGUCAUCUUCGGCGAGGCCAAGAUCGAGGACCUGAACGCCCAGGCCCAGUCGCUGGCCGCCCAGCAGUUCAAGGCCCCCGCCGCUGAGGCCCCCGCUGCCGACGCCGCCGCCCCCGCCGCUGCCGCCGCUGAGGAGGACGACGAGGACGUGGACGACUCGGGCAUCGACGCCAAGGACAUCCAGCUGGUCAUGAGCCAGGCUGGCGUGAGCAAGGCCAAGGCCGUGGCCGCCCUGCGCUCCAACGACAACGACAUUGUCAACGCCAUCAUGGAGCUCACCAUGUAAGUCAGACAAAGUUAGUAUUAUAGCGACCAGAUAGGACUCGCCGUCGUCGACAGCAAAUGGAAAAUGUCUUUUUGGGUUUUCAA